GCUGGAAGCUGGAGUGUCAUGGCGGACGGGAACGGAGCUGAGCAUUGAGACAUUUCAUUCAGUUUGUUUAUUCAUCGCAGCGUCGCAGAAAGCCGGAGAGACAGCGAGCGCCGUGCCUGCCAGGGGGGCCGUGCCUGGGGCGGCACACAUGCCAUGGCAUCCGAGGAGGGCUCGGGGCCUGACCCUGAUGCGGAGUCUGCGGAGUCCGUCGAGGGCCGCCAGCGCGGCCAGGACGCGGACCCGGAAGCCAGCCAGGAAGCUGGCCAGGAUGCUGGCCGAAAUGCUGGCCAGGGCGCUCGCCCGGAAGCUGGCCAGGACUCAGUCGCAAGCCAGGACGCAGAAGCAAGCCCGGACGCUAGCCAGGACGCUGACCAAGACGCUGGCCAAGAUGCUGGCGAGGAAGCUGACCCGGAGGCUGACCAGCGCCCUCAUCAGGAUGCUCACCAGGACGCUCAUCAGAAAGCUGACCCGGAAACUGACCGAAACGCCAGCAGAAGCGCCAGUAGGAGUGCCAGCAGGAGUGCGAGCAGGAGCGCAAGCGCGAGUGUAGACGCCAGCCCUGACGCCAGCCCUGACGCCAGUCAGGACUCGCACCCUGCUGUCUCGCACGGCGGCGACGAGGUGGGCGACGACGAGUCGCAGAGCUCUGCCAGCGGCCGGGAUCGAUUGGACAACGACAAGGACAACGAGGACCUGACCGAGGAUGGCGAAGGCGCUGCAAGCAGUGACGAGGACGAAGCCUUCUCGCCGAAAAAGCUGCGAAGUGGCCGCCGGCCGGGCGCGAACCCGGGCACCAGGGCGCGCCGUGGUCUGCGAGGCCGAGGCCUGGGCAAGGACGUCGAGAUCAAGCAGGAGGUCGUCAGCGAGGACGAGUCGGAGGACGAGGGAGACCUCGGACUGCGGUUAGGCUUCGGAAUCCUCCAAGACCUGCUGGGUACAAAUUCUACUUUUCUGCACUACCCAGAAUCGAAAAAAGGAAUGGUUGAUUACCAUGAUGUGAUAGAGAAUCCCAUGUGGUUUGAAGAAAUUCAAAGACGCUUUGAAAAUAAUGAGUACACAUCGAUAGUUGAUUUUGUUAAGGAUGUAAGACUUUUGUUAUUGAAUGAGUAUAGGUACUUUGGCCCAAAUGAAGUGAGAACAAAGCGAGCACUUCGAAUUGAACAAGUUUUAGAAUAUAAAUUAGCUGGUUUACCAAAGGACCUGAAACCUCUAUGUUCAUUGAUGGCAACUCAUGGCAUUGAAACAAAUGAAGGUGAUGAGGAUGGACCAAUCUUGCGUAAAACUGGUGACUUCACAUCGCACCUUCUUGCAAGUGUAUCCGGAGAAAGAGCAGAGAGAGAAAAACGAAAGAAGGACACUCUCAAUGAAAUCAGACAGUUGGACAAGGAAGGUAUAGGCAAAGAUAUAUUGAAGUGGGAAGUCGAGGUUCUACUUGCUCCACCAUUCAUCACUCAAAUGAGGACCUUGUGGGAGCUUCCCCUCAUCGGCCAUCUCAUUCAACUAACAGUGCAAGUUCUCUGCAUAGAGCAAGUACCACAGUAUGAAGUUGAGCGCAUGUUUCUGAUGCCUCAAGCAUCUAAAAGUCUUGCCAUUCUUAUGACUUCCCUUCUGAGCUCACCAAUUCAGAGACCUAAACUUCAACAUCUUCCACCAAUGCCCUAUUCUUUAUGGAGCAGAAAACUUGCACAAAGAGUAGCUGUGUGGUACAAAAUGUUUCAGACAAGGAAUCAAGAUUGGUCCAAGAUAUUUGAAUUGUGUGGCAUUGAGAAAGACUUCUGGAGCAUUUUGGGUGACUGGAAUCAGUUAGAAGAUUACGAGUUCCAUGAACUCAGCUUUCAUCAACGAGUUUGGCUAGUCAAAAGCCUAUGUGAUUAUCAAGUUCACAAUCAUAAAACUAUGCAGGAUGCUUUGGCUGAACACACUCAACAGCAGCAAAACAGUCAGCUCCUCGGAGAGGAUCGCCAUGGGAGACAGUACAUACAUUUCCCUCAAUUUUGCUCAGCUCCAAGCUUGUGUACGUGUGUACGAGUGUACCGGUGUGUGAUACCCACAGAAAUGCACCGUUUUCCGGACUCGUCUGAAGAUGUUUCGUUUGUAAAUGUGAGGACUGGACGGGGAGAUUUUUUACCAACCUGGCUGAGAGGUCGAGGAAGGGGCAAGGGGAAGAGCAGUAGAGGGAAGGCGUCAAAGAAGAAAAAAGGAAAUGAUAUCAAUAAUCGCAAGUUCUUAUCUCGACUUGUGUAUCGCAUGCCUAAUGGGAUGCGCAUCAGGGGGAGAAAAAAGAGAGGGCUUAAUAGAGCCUCUUGUGGGGCCGCUCAACCCCUCCAACAGGAACAGAAAUCUGAUAUGUCUCCGUCUGUGAAAGAACCUGUUGAUGAUAAUCCAAGUGAUCCAGAAGACAAAUCUGUUUGUCCGGAUGUACAGGAGCAGGGCAGAAGGGUUACAAGACAGACUCGGUCAAGAAGACAUACAUCUCAGGGUUUUUAUGGAGAAUGGAGUGAUAGUGAAAGUGCAUCAACCCCAUCACCGGGCAGUUCCGUUUCAAAAAAAGUACGUCAGUCAAAGAGAAAAUGUGCAUCAGUGUCAACAAAUGAUGAAAACUCUUCGAGCAACAGCCUCAAACUGAAGUUGAUGGCGGGUAAUGAGGCCAGCAGAGGUCCUGCUUCAAAACAAAGUGAAGAGUUAGGAAACAGUGAAGAUGAAGACAUUACCAAGUCUCCUGAUGCCCAUGAAGAUGACUCCAGCAAUGACUCUGGCUGUGGGGAAGAGGGAAGCAGUAGGGCUUGGACAAUAUCAGCACCCUCUGAAAAGAUGAUGGACUGUGGAGACGACUCCGAGGAUGCAGAUGUAGAUGGAGAUGAAGAUGAAAAAGAUGACAAAGAUGACCAAAACUCAGUGAAAAAAGAAGAAAGCUUAUUUAAUUUGUCUGAUGACCUUCCAUGGAUUCCAGCUGAUGGUAAAUCUGACAACAAGAACAAACAAAAAAGGCCACAUUUUAAUCCAGAGGGUAUGCUUUUGGGGGCUGAACACUUUGAACUUGUUGCUGACUCUGUGCAAGUAAGAGACCUCAUUGACAGUCUUUGUGAGGAAGAUGACAAUGUAGGUCUGCUUCAGAGACUUAAAAAAUCGGUAUCAUCUACAAAACCUGUGUGUGAGGAAAAGUUGGCAAAUAAACUUGAAGAAUUAAUUAAUGAAGUUAGCUCUCUGGAAGUAAAGAUGGAAUCAAAUGCCCAAAAAUUAAGAUGGAAACUCUAUAAAGAAUGGGAUGACUUCCAGAAAAAGCAAGAUAAUGUUAAAGAUGAGGCUGAGACCUACUGGUUAAAAGUCCUUCAAUCUGGAAUGGACGCUGCUCCAUCCGAAGUCAAAGUUGAGAUAAAAGAAGAGAAAUCUGAGAGCUUCAUACCCAGUGAAUCACAUCAAAUUGAAAAACAUGAGAAGCAAGAUCAGAGUUUAGAUAAUGUUGAUGAUGAAGAAUCUCAGACAGGGUAUGACAUUCGACAUUCUUUAAGAGCAAAGAAACCUAAAGUUGAUACUCCUCAGCAUGUCUGGCUGAAUAGUGACUCAGAGGAUGAGUCAAGUGAUGAAAUGCAAGACGAUGUUUGGGAAAUGCCAGGAAGGAGGAGAAAAAAGAAGACUAAUGGGGGUCGGUCUCGAAGAAAAGAGGCUAAAUCAGAUGAUGAAGGAGAUAAAGCUGCUACCAAGAAGACAAAUGACAAACCAGUUGGAGUCGCGAGGAAUUUUUCAUUUGAACCAUGUAGUUCUGAUAAGGAAGCUAGUCAAGACGAAGGAGGAAAAAAUCCAGUUUCAAUGGAAAGUGGCCAACAAAAAUUGAAUCAGAAGAUGCUGCCAAAUAAGCUUACUCUUGAUAAGGAGGGUAACAUGUUCAUUACUUUAGGCUGUGGUACCAGAGUCCAUCUGAAGAAAGAUGAAGAAGGAAGAAUAAUGGUGCCUGAAGGGCAUGAAGGAUUGUCCAUGAUACAAGGGAAAACAUUAGAGCAACUGGUUGGAUCGGGUAAAGUUGUUCAAAAUAAAAAACGGAAGCCUAAAAAAGCCCCACAAACCAGCAAGUCCAAUGCAUCUGAUAAAGUACUCUACCCAGCAAAACGUUCGACAACUUUGUUCCCAGCAGUGGCCCCUGGUGAUAUUGUGCAGGCAAAGGAAUGGAUGCCUCCAGUUGGCCAAAACAAUAUUCCGCUCAAAAGUACAAUUAAAGUGCAGGGAGUAACAAGCAUUCAGGCUAAGGAAUGGACACCUCCAUUGGACAAGAAAUUGUCCUCUGUUCCCAUUUCUGCUUCUGGUGGAAGUGCAGCUCAGCCUCUGGUCAGAACAUACGCAAAGCACAAAAAUGCAACAGCAAAGCCAAUGAAUGUAAACAAAGUUACAAUACAGCCUCAAAUAAAAAAGAAAAGUGAACCUGCAGAUGUUGUGGUUUUGAGUGAUGGCAGUGAUGACAGCAUAGAAGUUUUAAAUGAAACUGAGCCUAAAAGCUCAAAGACAAGGGUUGGACCAAGGAUUGAGUCAGUGAUAGGAAAUGCGAAUGUCAAUUCAUUUGCAUCGAAACCUUUGACUAAGUCCGUCACCAUGACUCCUGUCACUAAGCCAAGAGCGGGAACGCCCAAGAAAAAUGCAUGGAGCCCAGUGAUCACGAACACUGUCAGCUUAGAGCCAGUACCCUCUUCAAGCAGAGUUCCCGCUCCUGGUGCGCCACAAGUUGUUAUAACUCCAGCUAAGAAUGUUCCAGCCAGGAGGAAUCUACAACAGGCAGGUGCCCUCAACCAACAAAGGCCUAGUGAGAAUUUUGUGACUGUCAGUGCAAUUCCCAUGCGACAACCACAGCCUCAGUUUGUUCCAAUGAAUCAGAUGGUGUCUAUUAACAAUAGUUUCCAACCGGUAGCCCAAGUUGUGGGCAUGAACAACCAGCAAUACUUAGUGGCCAACGGCGCAUACCCUCAGAUGGGCAACCCCUACCUACUGAAUGCUGCUCCCACAUACCACUAUGUUCCUGUCACUGCGGCACCCCCAGUGCCGUUGCCAUUACCUGUUAGUGCAUUUGAUGUUGGUUUACCCCCAGGACUUACGGGCCAAAUAGUUUUAGCAAAUGGAGACAACAACCAGUUUUCGUAUGCUUUUAAGCUGGAUGAUGGAGGUUUAAUAUUUCUCACCAAUGAACAAGUCAGUAAGAUAAGAGCUGCUAACGGAGGGAAGUUAACAACUAUGGUGCAGUUCCAAACUCAUUAGCAUUUGUUCUUUAUCUGAAAUCUACUUAAUUUUCAACAUUAUAGAUUUGCUAUAAUUCUUGCUUGAACUCAAGCUUUCUGUGAUCUCCCCUAUGGAAUUAUGUCAGUUUUUUCUUUACUUUGAAUGAGAAAAGACAGUGGUUUUGAUUAUGUGUAUUGAAUUUAUGUGAAGGUUUUGCGAUGUGAAAAUGUGAAUAUGGGCAUGACAAAUUUACCAGUGUAUCUUUCUGUGUUUUAAAUGCUAUAUGAUAAUUUUUCUUUCCCUAUUAAUUUGGUAUUUGUUAAAAUGUAUAUUUGAAUACUAUAUUUUUUGUUGAUGUUGUUGUGGUAUGAUAGUUUUAACAUCUGACAUUUUUUUUCUUGAAUUUAUCAUUUAAUGCCCAAGAAGUUUGUUUUCAUUUUAAAGCCACACCAAUUUACAGCUCCAAUACUUAGACUGAAUUUUAAGUCACAUCAAAUUCAUUUCUCAACUUUAUGUGGGUAGAUUACAUGUAGAAGGCAAGGCAAAGAGAAAUACUGGUACUUCCUUGCAGCUAUACAUUAGAAUAAGAAAUAGUAAUAGUAAAUUAUAUCUCUUAACUUUAAUUGCCUUCUAUGUAAAUUUACCAACAUAGAGAUAGAUAACAUUAUUAUUGCUAAUGCAUAUUUAGCAGAUCAACAACAGACACAAAGGUUUUCAAAUAAAUAAACCAAAAGUA